ACGGGAACGGCGCAAAAGACAAGAGUCUCUUUUGUAAUGGGAGUGAGAUUAAAGAAUCAAGUGACCGGCUGCAGCUCCCAAGUGGGUUUCAGGCUCCUUAGAGCACCCGGUCUCUGUCAGGUUCAAUCCCCCAUGAGCCUAGGAGGCAGUGGGAGGAGGGGGGUGGCGUGUGCUGACAAAGGACCCAGCGAGGACACAUGCAGGACCAAACUUCCCAAGUCUCCCGUGCAGUCCAGAAGCCUGUGCCGGCUCUGUGAUGACGGUGACGUACACAAAUCGAGUAGCUGAUGUCCGCCUGGGCACCUUCUCACAGCUCCUGCUCCGAUGGAAAGGGAGUAUCUACAAACUCCUCUACUGUGAGUUCUUCAUCUUCAUCACUUUCUACUUCAGCAUCAGCCUCACUUAUAGGCUGAUCCUGAAUGCAAGCCAAAGGCUGAUGUUUGAAAAGCUGGCUCUGUAUUGCAACAACUAUGCUGAGCUGAUCCCUGUGUCCUUCGUGCUGGGUUUCUACGUGACCCUAGUGGUAUCUCGCUGGUGGGGUCAGUACGAGAGCAUCCCAUGGCCCGACCGCAUCAUGAACCUGGUCUCCAGUAACGUGGAUGGACAGGACGAGUACGGGCGCCUUCUGCGGCGCACCCUGAUGCGCUACAGCAACCUUUGCAGUGUGCUGAUCCUCCGCUCAGUCAGCACAGCUGUCUACAAGCGCUUCCCCAGCAUGGAGCACAUUGUGCGAGCAGGCCUCAUGACCCCAGAAGAGCACAAGAAGUUUGAGAGCCUGAACUCUCCCCACAACAAGUUCUGGAUCCCCUGUGUGUGGUUCUCGAACCUGGCUGUGAAGGCACGGAACGAGGGCAGAAUCCGGGAUAGCGUGAUGCUCCAGGGCAUCCUGAACGAACUAAACACCUUGCGUAGCCAGUGUGGGCGACUCUAUGGGUAUGACUGGAUCAGCAUCCCGCUGGUCUACACUCAGGUGGUCACAGUGGCCGUUUACAGCUUCUUCCUGGCCUGCCUGAUUGGCCGGCAGUUCUUGGACCCAGAGAAGGGGUAUCCUGGCCAUGAGCUGGAUCUGAUUGUGCCUGUCUUCACUCUCCUGCAGUUCUUCUUCUAUGCUGGCUGGUUAAAAGUGGCUGAACAGCUCAUCAACCCAUUUGGAGAGGAUGAUGACGAUUUUGAAACCAACUGGCUCAUCGACAGGAACCUGCAGGUCUCCCUUCUCGCUGUGGAUGACAUGCACCAAGAUCUGCCCCUCAUGGAGAAGGACCUGUACUGGAACGAGUCCUACCCCCAGCCACCCUACACCGCAGCCACUGCCGAGUAUAAGCGAACAUCAUUUCUUGGCUCAACCUUUGACAUUAGCAUGCAGAAAGAAGAGAUGGAAUUUCAGCCGCUAGAGCAAAUUAAAGAGAACGAGGAGGCGAACCACUCUACACCACUGUUGGGACAUCUGGGCCGCCUGCUGGGGGUCCAGUCACCGAGUUUCUCCAGGUCAUCCUCCCGGAUGAACCAGCCACGCAAGAGGAAUGACCCCUUGUCCCCCUUCCCUCAUUACUUGUACCAGGAUGUAGGGAAACCUGGAGUGCCAAUCAGCCCCUGCAGUACCAAUCAGCAAAAGGGAGACUCCUCCCACCCAGGCUCCAGUUCACAGGAGCAAUGGGACAAUGAAGACAGAAAACUGAGAGAGUUUGAUGCCUUCGUGUCAACCCCCUUCUUUGAGAGACCUGGCUUUUAUAGCGCUCCACAGACACCAAUCAGCUCCAUCCCGCUGAUCUUCCCAUCCAGGCGCCCAGGACGCAAGAAGCCCCCUGCUCUCUCCAGCAUUGUGGCCUGUUCGACUUCAAUGAGAGACAACUUUGCCAACCUGUCACCUUCCAGGGCUAAUGAUGUGGACAAAAGCCAGAGCUCCCUUGGUUCUGCAGUUAAGGAAACUUUUGUUUGGCCAGGAGAGCGAGACAAAGCCCCAGACUCCCUGGUGGUGACAGUAGAGGAAGGAGAGAACACCAUGUUGAACAAUAAAAUGAAUGAGGUUGCCCCUGCUAGGAGCCCAGGGCUUUUAUCGGAAAGCCCCAAGUUUCCCUUCCUAGCAGAGACCCCAGACCAUGAAAAACAGGGCAGCUUCAAGAGCUUGAAGAGUCUGAAAGGCCGCCGACAUCCCUGGCAAACUCUAGAGAACAUGACACCAGCAGCCACUCCAAACUCGGAUAAUCCCAGCAACUUUCAUACUCCCAGCAUGAGAACCCCUGGUGGCAGUGGGCCCCUCUUCUUUUCAUUCACUCCUGUGACAUCCCCAGUGCUGGAGAGGUCACGCUUAGGGAACUCGGGCACCGUUCCUAGUCCAAGAUCAGACGAUACAUCCAGUGCCCCAGUCCAGGCUUCCAUAGAGGUUUCUGGGAGUGGAAGAGAGACAGGAAAUGGAAAUGUUAGUGCUCAUCACACUGAGGAACAGAGGAGAGCAGAGAGUGCCUCACCCAAUGACUCCGGUAUCUCCUUAGCCGAGGGUGACUAUGUGGGGCUGAUGGAAGUGAUCAUGGAAGCCAGUGAGAAUGUGUCUGAUGAAGGGAAAGUGGAUAGAUACAGCUAAAUGAAGAGACCAAUUGAUUCCUUCUGACUGCUGAGAUACCCACCCUGUUAAGAAUACUGCAGUGUCUUUAUACCAAAAAAAAUUGGUGCUCAAGACAUAAGAAGCAAUACAACCAUACCAGCCAUGUACUGCCAAAGGGUGGAGCUUCAGUACCUGAUGGCAUGAACUUGUUCCCAGUGCCAGUUUACCAGCAAUGAACCUGGUGCAAUAGAGUGUACAAGAACAGUUCAUGGAACUUCAGUGUCACACCUUUGGUAAUACCUAUACAAUUAAAGCAAAAAAUAAUUUUAUAAAA